AUGAACUUCUCCAGCACCACCGCAUUGAUGAUGGUCUUGGCGUCGCUGCCUCCGGCCAACAGCUACUUGCGGCACGAGUCCCGGAACUGCUUUGCCAAUACAAAGGGCCGGCCCGCUUCGCUCAGCUCCAGUGACCAGAAGCGCUGCCUGUGUUGUUCGGGGCUGAGGCCGACCCUCUGGAGGAUGGCUCCAACCCUCCCGGACUUACUGAAGAUCACAAACUUGCGGAUACGGAUGGAAAAGUUGCAAACUUUAGAUGAUGAUCUGUUUGAUGAGCGAGAGGGGGUGAAAAAGAAAUACUAUUAUGCUCUAUACGACAUGGUUGUCCGUGGAAACUGUUUCUGCUAUGGCCACACCUCUAAGUGUGCGCCAGUCGGCGAUGAGCCAGGGGUCGAGGGCAUGGUUCAUAGUCAUUGCAUGUGUAAUCACCACACCACUGGACUGAACUGUCAAGAGUGUGAGGACUUUUACCAAGAUCUGCCCUGGAGACCAGCAGUGGGCCGAGAGACAAAUGCUUGCAAGAGAUGUGAGUGUAACCAUCACUCGCAUUCCUGUCAUUUCGACAUGGCGGUGUAUCUGUCAUCGGGAAAUAGAAGUGGAGGAGUGUGUGAUGACUGUCAGCACAACACAGAGGGCCAGUGGUGUGAGAACUGCAAGCCCUUCUACUACAAGCACCCUGGCAGGGACAUCAGAGACCCCAGGAUCUGUGAGCCCUGUGAUUGCCCACGUGGUUCUCUGAACGGAGGCUUAUUUGACAGUGCUACACAUGUUCUAAGAGAUAUGAUUGCCGGACAGUGUCGUUGAAAUGUGGAGGGACAACAUUGUGACCACUGUAAAAAGGGACACUAUGGACUCAGUGACGACCCAUUAGGCUGUCAGCCAUGCAGCUGUAAUCCUCUAGGUACAUUCCCAAAAGGAAGCCCCUGUGAUAUCACAAGAAGUUGCUACUGCAAACAUCUUGUUACCGGACUAAACUGUGACCUGUGUCUGCCACAGCACUGGGGUCUCAGUAAUGAUAUGGAUGGCUGCAGACCUUGUGACUGUGACGUAGGUGGGGCUUUGAAUAAUAAUUGUUCUUGGGAGACAGGGCAGUGUGCAUGUAAGAAACAUAUGUUUGGUAGGCAUUGUGAUCAGGUGCAUUCUGGGUACUACAUUCCGGCACUGGACCACUAUAUUUAUGAAGUUGAGGAAGCUUCGUUUGGACCAGAAGUAAAAGUGGUUCAAAGAGCGUUACCUUUGGAUCGUAAACCUACCUGGACGGGUAAUGGAUUUGUGAAUAUAGCAGAGGGUGAAACACUGAGGUUAAACAUUUACAAUUUACCACGAUCUAUGGAAUACAACUUAAUGAUCCACUGUGAACCACUGUUGCCAGAUGAAUGGGAGAAGGUUGUAGUACAGAUAGGGUGCCCCAGGGACACUUACCCAUCAGCACACUGCACUUCUACAUAUAGAGAUGAGCAGACCAUCUCACUGCACCCUGGAUCCAGAUAUGUAGUUCUGCCUGGUCCAGUGUGCUUGGAGAAGGGUCAGAAUUACACAGUAAAGAUUAACUUCCGCCAGUACUCAUCAUACAGCUAUCACACUUCUCCUCACACACUUGUUGAUUCAAUGGUGCUUUUGCCAGAGGUGCAAGACCUGAAUCUAUUUUCUGGUGGAGCCCAGCAGUGGGAAAACUGGGAGAUGUUCCAGAAAUACCGAUGUAUGGAACGCACUCAGGGUGUUAUUAAAAUCCCCUUAACGGAUAUUUGCAAAGAUUUUAUCUUCAGUGUGUCGGCACUACUGCACAAUGGAGCUCUUGAGUGUAAGUGUGACCCCCAAGGUUCUCUGAGCACAGUGUGUGACAAUAUCGGUGGACAGUGUCAGUGUCAACCCAAUUUUAUAGGUAGGAACUGUGACACCUGUGCCCCGGACACCUACCUAUUUGGACCCUCAGGAUGUAGACGGUGUGACUGUAACCCACUUGGCUCUCAGAACCCUUUCUGCCACCCCACGACGGGCCAAUGUUUAUGUGUGCCAGGGGCAUAUGGGCACCAAUGUGGCAACUGUAAGUCGGGCAAACUGGUUACGGGCGAGUGUCUGAACUGCAGGGGUCACACCACAGGCCACAACUGUGAGAGGUGCGGCGGACAGCAUCAGAGAUUUGGAUGCGUGUCUCUAAUUCAUGUCAAUAAAGCUGUCUCUGACCCAAAAAGUACGGUUGAAGAAUCUGCUCAGAUACGGAAAGCUGCUGAGACCAAACUAGAGAGCAAAGAGGAAGAAUUUAACCGGACGCAUCAGCUGCAUUUACAGAGGCUGGACAAAACUGGAUCUGAAAUGGACUCCAUAGACCUUUCACAACUAAGCCAUCGGCUGUGUGGAGGGGCGUCUGCUCUAGAUGGUUGCGGAAACUGUGGUGGUCUGGGAUGUGUGAGCGAGGAUGGCAUGUCCCAGUGUGGGGGGGAAGGAUGUGAGACCAUUGUGACUCAAAUUCAAGAGACCUUGAACAAAGUCAAAAACCAAGAUGCCCUGCACGCUAUAGGAGAAAUAAGCAAGCUUAGCAAGAUGGUGUCAGAUGCUCGAGGACAUGCAGAUAAGGCCAAGCUUAAUGCUCAGGAUGUGUUAGUGAGAGCCAAUCAGAGCAAGGCACGAGUGGAACAGACCAAUGAGGAGCUCAGAGACCUCAUUCAGCAAAUACGAGACUUCCUCACAAACGAAACUGAUCCAAAGCGUAUAGAGGAAGUAGCUGAUGAGGUGAUGAAACUGAGUUUGCCAGUGUCAGUGCCUGGUGCUCUGAAGAACGUGACCACAUAGAUCCGCGAGCAUGUGGCCAGACUGACACAGGUGGAUGAUAUUCUGGCCCAGACGGCAGAGAACGCACACACUGCACAGAGACUCAUGCAAGAAGCACAGGCUGCCGAUGAGAGAGCUACUGCACUGAAACAGGCCACUGAUGAGGUGAAGGAAACUCUAGAGGAUACUGAGCGUGCUCAGACUGCUGCCAGCGAAAAACUGAAAGAGGUGGAGAAAGACAUAAACCAAACAAAACAUCAAAUCGCUGAUGUACAAUCAAAAACUGAAGCGACUGAGUUCAAACUGAGUUUGAGCACAAGAACACUUCUGGAUAUUGAGAGAGAGGAGUUUGACUCACUCAUGCAACAUGAGUACAAACUGGCGAGUGGUGUCAUAGAUCAGAAGGGAGCAGCUGUGUUUAAUGCUCAUCGGAAAGCUGAGCAACUCCGUCAGGAGGCAAAGGAUCUACUGAAAGAUGCCACAAAGAAACUAGAGAGACUGAGUGAGUUGGAGAAAUCAUUUGUGGCAUAUCAGCGCAUUCUGGUGGAGAAAGCACAAGAGAUGGAUGGGCUGGAGAGUGAGGCCAGAGAUGUACUGCAAGAUCUCAGUCAGAAAAUCACUAUCUACAGCACCUGCGCUUAACUAUAUGAUCAAAGAUGAAUGGAUAAUGUUAUAAGCUCAGACUUUAAUCAGAUUUCAACCAUGUAAAUUUGCCUUUUCUAUGAAACUAUGAAGAAACACAUCUAGUUAACUGUGUCCUAUAUCUAUGAGGAAUAUUGCAGUGUGCAAUAUCAAGCCCCAUCCAUUGUUGUGAACAGCAAAUCAGGUUGGAUCUUCUUGAUAAAACUAAGCAUGGUAACAAUGAAAUGCCAAAAUAAAAAAUCCAUUAAAUUAUGUGAUGAAGCGAUAAA